AUGGACGCCCUGGAAUUGCAAGCGGCCCUGGUCAAACUGGACCCAGCUACCACCGUGACACCUAUCGGGUCCAAUGUGAAGAUAGUACCGCCUCAUCAUCGUAUAGCAUUCGCGGUGGAUCUGGACGAGAACAAUUUGACGUUGGAAAACGCGACGCAGAAUGAUGAGAAGUCGACCAGAAGCUCGAGUAAGUCGAGGAAGUUGCACAACAAGUGCUCGACGAAUCUGACCGUGCCCGGGCAUCAGAAUCAUCAGAACGCGCAGCAGAUAGGGAUGUCGAAGUGCAACAUGGCGGAGGUCAGGUGA